AUGGGUAUCGCCGAAAACUAUGAUGAAGUCCUGAAGGGCAAGUACCCGGCCAAGGAGCACGCGAGGAAGGUCGCCAAGUGGAUUAUCGAGAAGGGUGGGGAUAAGAAUGGCACCAUCUAUCUCGAGGCACAGAAGCAGAAGCUUAAUGAGGAUAACGAUGGAGAGGCUCCCUUCAGACAACGACGCUACUUCUACUACCUCAGUGGAUGCGAGCUGCCCGAUUCAUACCUGACAUACGAAAUCAGCACCGACAAGCUCACCCUGUUCAUUCCCGGUGUCGAGCCUGACGAGGUCAUCUGGUCUGGCCUUCCUAUGAGCACAGAUGAAGCAAAGGCCAAGUAUGAUAUCGACGAUUGCAAGAUCACCGCCGAUGUCAACGCGCAUUUGGCCAGCUCUGAAGCAACUUCGCAAGCGACCAUCUACGCUAUCCCGGAACAGGUGUCAGAUCACAUCACGUUCCUCAACUUCAAAGACAAGGACCUCAAGGAGCUUAAGCCUGCGAUCGAGUACUGCCGUGUGACCAAGACUGACUAUGAGAUUGCGCUCAUCCGCAAGGCGAAUGAGAUCUCAACCACCGCACACAUCAAUGUCAUGAAGGCUGCUGCCAAGGCCAAAAACGAAUGCGAGCUCGAGGCUGUAUUCCUGAAGUCGUGCGUGGAGCGCAACGCAAAGAACCAGGCUUACCACUCAAUCGUGGCAGCCGGCACGAACGGCGCAACUCUCCACUACGUCAACAACGCAGCACCCAUCGACAAGCAGAACCUGCUCCUUCUGGAUGCAGGAUGCGAGGUUGACUGCUACGCCUCAGACAUCACCCGUACUUUCCCUAUCCAGGGUCACUUCAACGAGGAGAGCCGCGCCAUCUACGACAUCGUCUUGGAUAUGCAGAAGCAGUGUAUUGACGCUCUCAAGGCGGGCGCUGUGUGGGACUUCAUCCACGAGCUCGCCCACAAGAUCGCCAUCAAAGGCCUUCUUGCGCUCGGUAUCCUAAAGGGCGACCCAGAUGAGAUCUUCAGGUCGCGAGUGAGUGUUGCGUUUUUCCCUCACGGUCUGGGUCACUACCUCGGUAUGGACACGCACGAUACCGGCGGCAAUGCAAAUUACGCGGACAGGGACACUAUGUUCCGCUACCUCCGAGUGAGGGGUGUUCUCCCUGCGAGGAGUGUCAUCACCGUCGAGCCCGGCAUCUACUUCUGCAGGUUCAUCAUCGAGCCGUAUCUGAAGGACGACGAGCAGAAGGAGUUUAUCGAUGAGAAGGUGUUGGAGAAGUACUGGGCCGUUGGUGGUGUGAGAAUCGAGGACAACCUUCUCGUCACUGAGAACGGCAGUGAAAAUCUGACGCCUACACCGAAGGAAGUCGACGAUAUUCUGCAGCUCAUCAGGAGUGGUAACUAG